GCUUGAUGAAAAAAUGGCAUGCUCAGCUGUGACUCAUGUGAAAGAACAAGCCUUGCCAUAACGUACCUUGCUGGUGCUCUGGGUUCUGGUUUGCUCGAACGGAAUCGUCAUCUUUUAAUUUAAGAAAUUGAGUGCAUCAUCAUGAUCGAUCACACAAGUACAAAUAAUUAUACAAGGCCGCCAUGAUAAUGUGUUAAAAAGUGUAUGGCAGUUUUCAAUACCGUAUAGUGAGCAGAGAUUCUCAUGGUUCAACAAUGAUCCAGACACUGUCCAGCUGUACAUUGACUAUACCUGGCCAACCUCAUCUCCGCUCAGACCUUCUAUCUCAAGAGCACACUCACUUUGCUCUUACAACAGCUAUGGAUACCAACUAACCCAGCUAGUGUGAGCUGUAACAUCCACCAGGCUAUGGACACCAUUCUACAGUUAGUACCCACGGCUCCGUCAGUGCUCAUGCCACUCCUCAUCAAGAACUAUCCCUUCAAAGGGAGGGGACCAGACAUUCAAGUGAGCUGCUACUGUAUUCUGAGAUACAAGGAGAUAGCCCUGAAGAACGUCCUGUAUCUGACCACAUAUACUGCCCUGCCCUCAGAGACGGUGUCUGGGAGCUCAUCUUCCAUCAGGUGCUCUCUAUCGAUGUUGACAUCCCCCGUCUUGAGGAGCACGGAGUGGUCAGUGAUGAUGCUGAUGGUACUCAAUUCCAUGUUAAAGUAGACACUGAACAUGAUCCCAGUUACAACAAGGAGGGGUUGAACCUUGAACCAUCGUACAGUCAUGUCCAGGUGAUGAGUAACGAGAGUGCUGAAAAAAUGGACGUUAUGAUGACUGUGUUAUUGGACCACCUCCACUCACUCUGCUACAAUGAUGGUGUGCUUCUUGUGGAUCUAGCCAGGAACUUCCUCACACUACUGCUCAAGAUAUGUGAUCGAAUGGUCCUUCCCACCCAUGCAUGUUCCCACGUCCAGUUCCUCCUCUUCAGACUCACCAUUCUACACGAGUCGUUCCCGGGUAUCUUCCUGGAUUUCCUGUGGGAAAAGUUUCAAGAUUUCAACACUCCUGCUGUACUGAGACAAACCUGUGCGGCCUAUAUUGCUAGCUACAUCGCCAGAUCAAAGUUCAUUCCCAUGACGAUGGCCAAACUGUGUCUAAGCAUCAUGAUGCGUCAAAUUCAUGAAUACUUGGAUAGCUGUUCCCCUGACAACAUGAAACCAGAGGUCAAACUUCACGGUCCAUUCUUCUCACUCUGUCAGGCUGUGUUCUACGUGUUUGUGUUUAGGCAUAAGGCACUACUGGACUCACCAGACGGAUUGAAAUUCUCGAGACAGCUCAAUUUUGAGAGAGUCAUCUCCUCUCGACUCAACCCUCUCAAGGUGUGCCUCCCGACAGUAGUGGAAGUGUUUGCCUCCAUCACCAACCAUCACGAGAUAGUGUUCUGCUACUCCAUCUUGGAACAGAACAAACGACUCAUUCUCUCGACUCCAGUUGUGAUUCCAGAAGUUAAGGUUCAGCAACAGGAGCAAGCCAACCUCCUCGACUGUUAUUUCCCCUUUGACCCCUACUGUCUGAAAAGGUCGUCAUUGUACGUACAGUCACUCUAUCAGGAGUGGGAGGAAAUGCAAAUAGCAGAGGUGAGGAAAAAUGGUGUCCAACAUCUAUUCCACUAUAGCAAUUACCAGAUUUUACAUGUAUCCCCGGUACAUUGUACGUAAAGCUUGUGACAUCAAUUGUUAGGUGGAGAGCGAAAUAAUUACACACAACAAAUUGCGUUGUACAUGUACGACGACAACGAUUUACGCGUACAGACUUAUCUAUUAUGGUUACUAUGCAUCACUGUAAUAUUAUGGUUACUAUGCAUCAAGGGCCCUUGUUAUCAUUUUGAAUAACUGCCAAAGACAUUAUAAAUAGUCUAUUAAACCAAUCACAGUGAUGUAGUUUAAUGU